UAUGGCAAUCCCCUCCAUAUUAGCAACUUUCCCUUCCAAAUCCCAAAAUUUGAAAAAAAAAAUAGCCGUUGGAAGAAAUUAAAAUUUUCUCCAUUGCUAGUGCAAUCUCCUAACCUUACUAAAUUCUCCUAUAUAUUAACUCUAAUCUUGAGUAGAUUUAUUUUUCAAGACGAGAUUGUGAGAAUCCUUUGCUUGGGAUUGAAUAUAUUUUUGAGCCAUGAAUUCUGGUCGUUGUGCGGCUUGUAGAUAUUUAAGAAGAAGAUGUGCUCCCGAUUGCAUUUUCUCUCCUUAUUUUCCAUCCAAUAAUCCCCAAAGAUUUGUUUCUGUUCACAGAAUCUAUGGCGCCAGCAAUGUCGGAAAACUACUUCAGCAACUCCCAACCCAUUUGCGAGCUGAAGCAGCGGAUUCCUUAUACUUCGAGGCACAAUGUCGGGUUGAAGACCCUAUAUAUGGCUGCGUUGGGCUCGUAUUUCUGCUGCAACAGCAAAUACACGAUGCGGAAAGCCAGCUAGCUAAGACCCUGGCCGAGGUUGCAGUUCUGAAAUCUCAUGCCAAGCACCCGCAAGCUCAACAAUUUGAAGCCGAAUCUGAUUUCAACAAUUUGUUACAAAAACAGUUAGACAAUGUUGCCAACCUCAGCUUCUCCAAUCAAGCUACUUCUGGGUUUAUGUAG